CGGUCGGAGAAGCCAGGGACGUGUGUGAGAGAAAAAAAAAAAUAACACGGGUGAGAAGAAGACAGCCCGCUUGCGCUGCACCUUUUUUCUCUCCACGACAGCAAAAGACGCCAAUUGGCCGCCCGCGAGCAGAUCGCCAGACAGGCCCAACGACAGAGCGAGCACAGCGCACGGGAGCCAGCCAGGAUGUUGCGAACAGUGAUGGCGAGCAGCAGGGCGGCGGUGGGUGGUGGUGGUGGUGGUGCUGCGACGACAACGUGCAUGCCGAGGGCGGCGGCGGCUAGCAGAGCUUCUGCUGCUUGGUCGUCAUCGCGGGCGCCGGCCACAUGCCGCCGGACCCCGCAGCGCCUCCUCCUCGGUCUGUCGUCCUCAUCCUCCGCAUCCCCAUUCAGCAUCGUCACCGGCAGGGGCUUCCACAGCACAGCACGCAUCAUGGCGUCCGCGACGACACGAACCGAGAGCGAUGCCUUUGGCGAGAUCCAGGUCCCCGGCGACAAGUACUGGGGCGCCCAGACGGAGCGCUCGCUCGAGAACUUUCGCAUCAACCAGCCGCAGGACCGCAUGCCGCCGCCCAUUGUCAAGGCGUUUGGCAUCCUCAAGGGCGCGGCCGCGACGGUCAACAUGCGCUACGGCCUCGACCCCAAGAUCGGCCAGGCCAUCCAGCAGGCCGCCAAGGAGGUGGCCGACGGCAAGCUGCUCGACCACUUCCCCCUCGUCGUGUGGCAGACGGGGUCGGGCACGCAGUCCAACAUGAACGCCAACGAGGUCAUCUCCAACCGGGCCAUCGAGAUCCUCGGCGGCCAGAUGGGCAGCAAGAAGCCCGUCCACCCCAACGACCACGUCAACCGCAGCGCCUCGUCCAACGACACCUUCCCCACCGUCAUGCACAUCGCCGCCGUGCUCGAGCUCGAGGGCGACCUGCUGCCCGCGCUGCGCUCCCUGCGCGCCGCCCUGCAGGCCAAGGUGGACGACUUCGAGGCCAAGAACAUCAUCAAGAUUGGCCGCACCCACCUGCAGGACGCCACGCCCCUGACGCUGGCGCAGGAGUUCUCGGGCUACGUCGCCCAGCUCGACUUUGGCAUCAAGCGCGUCGAGUCGUCGCUGCCGGACCUGCGGCUGCUGGCCCAGGGCGGCACCGCCGUCGGCACCGGCAUCAACACCUUUGAGGGCUUCGCCGAGGCCAUCGCCGAGGAGGUGACGCGCAUGACGGGCACCGAGUUCAAGACGGCCCCCAACAAGUUCGAGGCGCUGGCGGCGCACGACGCCGUGGUGCAGGCGCACGGCAGCCUCAACACGCUGGCCACGUCGCUGACCAAGAUCGCCCAGGAUGUCCGCUACCUGGGCAGCGGGCCCCGGUGCGGCCUGGGCGAGCUGAUCCUGCCCGAGAACGAGCCGGGCAGCAGCAUCAUGCCGGGCAAGGUGAACCCGACGCAGUGCGAGGCCCUGACCAUGGUGUGCGCCCAGGUCAUGGGCAACAACGUGGCGACGACGAUUGGCGGCAUGAACGGCCAGUUCGAGCUCAACGUGUACAAGCCCCUCGUGAUCCGCAACCUGCUGCACAGCUCGCGCCUCUUGGCCGACGGCAUGCGGUCCUUUGAGAAGAACCUGGUGGCCGGGCUGCAGGCCAACGAGGAGAAGAUUGCCAGCAUCAUGAAGGAGUCACUCAUGCUCGUCACCUGCCUCAACCCCAAGAUCGGCUACGACAUGGCCAGCAAGGUGGCCAAGAACGCACACAAGAAGGGCCUGACGCUCAAGCAGAGCGCGCUGGAGAUGCAGGCGCUGACCGAGGACGAGUUUGACACGCUGGUCAAGCCGGAGCUCAUGGUCGGCCCCAGCCAGUUCAAGCAGUGAGCGGGUAGCAUGCGUGCGUGAGCCGGCGGUAGCCACCACGCGGCCGUUCCCCGUAGUCCCCC